UUUAAUUGUGUUACAUCUUAAUUUGAUGGUGUUUACAGAAGGAUACAUGUAGAUGUAGCAACUGUUUUGUAAGAGCCAAAGAAACUGUACAUGGGCUUGGGUUAGCAGUUGCUAUUUCAUCCCACAGAUGGAGACGCUAUUGAUAUUGAGUAUUCUUCGAAGAAAUUCCCCUCUUCAGAGAAGUAAUCUGGCAGCAUUCGUUAAGCACUUUCCAAGGAAUUCUCACGUUGCUUUGAUUAAGUUAUACAUGGCCAUGAUAAGGUAUGACAUGGAGGCCAUCUACUUUGAUGAACGUGUAAGGAACUCAAAACGACAACUGUUGGAGUCAAAAGCAUUGGAUUUUGUUUACCCUGCGUACUCGGCCAUGCUCGGACACCUACGUUAUAAAGCCCUUGAAGAUUUUCAAGUGAGGCUGGAGCAAUUGUUGAACAAAGAUGAGGGAUUUGCUUCAUCUGUUCGUACCUGUGCUCAGUCUUCUAUGCUUGAGUUCGAGAAAGGAUGUGCAGAUGUUGCCAUACAACAAGCUAAUUGGGAUGCUUCAAAAGUCCGGGAAAAGCUUCGACGUGAUAUAGAUGCACAUGCAUCAUCGGUUCGUAGUGCAAAACUGGCAGAAUUGAAUUCCAACUAUGAGAAAAAACUUUCUUCGUCUUUAAGUGGUCCUGUAGAAGCUUUACUCGAAACUGGUGCAAAAGACACCUGGGCUUCGAUACGAAAACUACUUAAUCAUGAGACUGAAGUUGCAGUAUCAGAGUUCUCAACUGCAGUUGCCAAUUUUGAGUUGGACAACGAAAUGGUUGCCAAAAUGAAGCAACAUUUGAAGGAUUAUGUGAGAAAUGUGGUGGAGACAAAAGCAAGAGAAGAGGUUGGGAAAAUUAUGAUCCACAUGAAGGAUCGCGAUUCAAUGCCUAGGGUUUGGACUGGGAACGAAGACAUUAGAAGUAUUACCAAGGAUGCACGAACUGCGGUUUCUUCAAAGGAUACCUUAAUUACCCCAGUACAGUGCAAGUCAUUGUGGAGGCAGUUCAAAGCAGAGACCGAAUAUAGCAUCACUCAAGCUAUUUCGGCACAGGAGGCUCACAAGCGGAGUAACAACUGGUUACCUCCUCCAUGGGCUAUAAUGGCAAUGAUUGUUCUUGGUUUUAACGAAUUUAUGAUGCUUUUAAAGAACCCUCUCUACCUCAUGGUUCUAUUUGUUGCAUUUUUACUGUCAAAGGCCUUAUGGGUACAGAUGGACAUUACGGGACAGUUCCAGCAUGGCGCUCUGUCAGGAAUACUGUCUAUCUCAUCAAGGUUUCUUCCAACCGUCAUGAAUCUUCUAAGAAAACUCGCAGAAGAAGCUCAGGGGAAUCAAACACCGGAAGCACAAAGGCGGCCAGUUUCUCUUGCUUCUCAGAGUUAUAGAAAUGAAACACCUCAGCCAAAUCCAGUAACAAGCUCAUUCCCGGAGUCCUCAGUGUCAUCCAAUAUCUCGUCAUCAGAUACCGGCAUGGAAUACUCAAGCCCUCCUUUAAGACAAAGGCACGGCAAACGUUGAGGAAGUUGAAUCUUCAUGAUGUAUGAUCUCUGUUGUUUGUACCAUGUGCAUCAGAUUAAGGUCACUACUCAUUUGUGCGAUAGUUUUCAUUCUUUUUUAUUUUGUUUCUUGUUUGUAGUUACUGAAAAUUUGAAAUAAAAAUAAACGGGGUUUGCUCUCUUUCUUGACAA